CGGGCGGGUCACGUGAGCGUCCGGAAACCCUGGCCGCCAAGCGGCGGGUGAGGUGGCUACGCGGGCGAGGGGCUACGGGUAGCGGAGCGAGCCGGCCGGUGGGCCGCAGCACGACGACUGCAGCGGCUCUCGGGUGCGCUAGCCCGGGCGCGCGGGGGGCCGACCGAGGAGGGGCCGGAGCCCGGCUUGGGGACUCAAAAAAGCUUCAAUAUGAAUCAGAUGAGUUAAUGAUUAUCAGCUUGUUUUGAAAAGUGGAACAUGGCUCAAUGGUUCCAGAUCCUUCUUGAUGAGCAGGAAUGAAAAUGGUCUUCAGAAAGUAGGAUGUGCUUGGUGGAUUCAGACUUGGCAGAAACUCUCGACACUUCCCCAGGGUCGCAGAGCUCACGGAUGAGUAGAAACUACUUCUGUGAUGCAGGGAAUAUAAGUGCAAGAAAGAAGAAAUGAUGUAGAUAAUUCACUAUCCGAACUUCAAGGUCAGAGGUGGGAAGGAAGGUCAGGAAGACUAUGGCCUGGCCGAAUAUUUUUCGAAGAGGGACUGCGUUCUCCCGGUUCAGCCAUCAUCAUGUUGUUGUGUUCCUGCUCACCUUCUUCAGUUAUUCGUUGCUCCACGCAUCAAGAAAAACUUUUAGCAACGUCAAAGUCAGUAUCUCUAAGCAGUGGACCCCAACUGCUUUUAACAAGUCAGUUGGACUGCCUGUAGAGAUCUGGAGCCGCAACCGUUUGUUUCCCAGCGCAGAGGAGGCCACUCUUUUCCUUGGGACCCUCGACACUAUUUUCCUCUUCUCUUAUGCUGUGGGCCUUUUCAUCAGUGGAAUUGUUGGAGAUCGGCUUAAUUUACGAUGGGUUCUAUCUUUUGGAAUGUGCUCUUCUGCACUAGUGGUGUUCAUCUUUGGCACAGUCACAGAAUGGCUGCAUUUCUACAAUAAGGUGCUCUACUGCUGCCUGUGGAUUGUGAACGGCCUGCUGCAGUCCACUGGUUGGCCCUGCGUCGUGGCUGUCAUGGGCAACUGGUUUGGGAAAGCUGGACGAGGAGUUGUGUUCGGUCUCUGGAGUGCCUGUGCUUCAGUGGGCAAUAUUUUGGGAGCGUGCCUAGCUUCUUCUGUUCUGCAAUACGGUUAUGAGUAUGCCUUUCUGGUGACAGCGGCUGUGCAGUUUGCUGGUGGGAUCGUCAUCUUCUUUGGACUCCUGGUGUCACCAGAAGAAAUUGGUCUCCCAGGUAUCGAGGCAGAAGAAAAUUUUGAAGAAGAUUCACACAGGCCAUUAAUUAAUGGUGCGGAAAAUGAAGAUGAAUAUGAGCCCAAUUAUUCCAUCCAAGAAGGCAGUACUGUUACCCAGGUCAAGGCAAUAAGCUUUUACCAGGCCUGUUGUCUUCCUGGAGUUAUCCCGUACUCACUGGCCUAUGCCUGCCUGAAGUUAGUAAAUUACUCCUUCUUCUUCUGGUUGCCCUUUUAUCUGAGUAACAACUUUGGAUGGAAGGAGGCUGAAGCUGACAAGUUGUCCAUUUGGUACGAUGUUGGAGGAAUUAUAGGUGGGACUUUGCAAGGUUUCAUCUCUGACAUAUUACAGAAGAGAGCACCGGUUUUAGCUCUCAGCUUGCUUCUGGCCGUUGGGUCCCUCGUUGGAUAUAGCCGUUCUCCAAAUGAUAAGUCCAUUAAUGCACUUCUGAUGGCAGUUACAGGAUUUUUUAUUGGCGGACCUUCUAACAUGAUUAGCUCUGCUAUUUCUGCGGACCUGGGUCGCCAGGAGCUGAUCCAAGGGAGCAGUGAGGCUUUGGCAACCGUCACAGGAAUUGUCGACGGAACUGGAAGCAUUGGAGCUGCCGUGGGCCAGUAUUUAGUGUCUUUGAUCCAGGACAACCUGGGAUGGAUGUGGGUAUUCUACUUUUUCAUUCUCAUGACAAGUUGUACAAUUUUAUUUAUCUCGCCAUUAAUAGUGAGGGAAAUCUGCUAUCUCAUGCAAAGACGACAAGCUCAUGUACUGAGUGAAUGAGUGUUGCCCACAGAAGAGAAGAACAAUGGGAGACACAUCAGGACUAUUAUUUCUUUUAAUUCACCCUAUUGGGGCUUGUCUUAGGAGCUCCAGCAAAACCUCAUUGUCAAGCCUUUUUCAGCAGUGUUGGCCACUUGAGCUGCUGACCGGUGGGGAAGGCUGGGCUGUUUUUCUGCACUACAUGAGUUACUGUGGGUGAUUUUCAUUGUUGCUUCGCAAACGUACUAAGUGGCCUGUGAAGCUGCCAGCCUUUUUAUUUGGCCUGUUGAGAUUAUCCUUGUAACCUGAAUUACUGUCUUGGACUUGGACCCUAAUUCUCCAGCCUGGAAAGUUCAGUGGCCACGAGAUAGUUGCACAUGGUUUGCAUCAAUGAUGGGCUCCACGAGUAGGGGAGGGUCGCUGGAUUCUGCUUUGAUAAUGAGUCCGCGGAGAGCGGUUCAGCUUUGAAGCCUCCAGUCCUGGUAGAGUACGCAAGCUGCAUCAAGCACAAGCCUGCCUUGGACAAAGAACCCCUUUGUUAACAGUGGUGGGAAAAUCACACUACGUGGUGACGAGCUCAGUCACUCUGUAUCUGCUCCAGAAGCAGAAAUACCUUCAAAUUAUUGUCAUCUUGUUUUCUUCUGUCUUCAUUCACAAGUCACUUUGACUCCUGGAAGUACUCAGUCUUCCUUUCAAGGACCAUAAGGUACAUCAUCUGUUGUCACGAACAUUCCAAGGUGUAGCUCACAGCCGAAGUCCUCAACCCCAGACGUGCUCUCUGGGAAUGUUAGGAUCCACUAGGACGCUAAUCGGCUUUGGCCUGUUUUCAGAGAAUUGAGCUUUCUCACUACCGGGUUCCUUGAGUUACCUCAGCAGAAGACUAGAAUUAGAGACAAAGGAAAGACCCUUAUGUCCUAGUAAGCAUUAAGUAUGUGACCUUGAAUUACAUCAACGGGUUACUAGGGCCUGGGGACUAGGUAUCUAUUCCUUAGAAGUUUGUAGCGUGUCUUCAAGGCUGUGAAUUCUAUACUAAUUAUCAAUAUUUUUAGGUCAUUCUGUAUAUGUAUUUUAAAUUAUGGACACGAACUAGGGGGAAAAUGUGCAAUUUUGAGGGCUGCCUAAUUGGUGUUGGGUUAGGGAAUAUUUUUCAACUUCUUGCUUUUUACUCUAAAUUGUGGUGUGUGAAUUUAUGAACUUGGUAAUGUUAUUUAAUCAAGGAGAUUCCCAAUCAGUUAAUGCCUCAUUACUGACAAAAAAGGGAAAAUACAGAACACAGGAAGGGAAAAUAAACUGACUUUUAUAGUAAA